UAGGCUUGGCUUGAACUGUUUUGGAUGCCCACCCCCGUCUGGGCGCGUUGGUGGCGCCCGUCGCCUACGUCACCCAUUGUUUACAAACCAACCGCAGCCGCGACGGCAGUGUGGCCGAGGGAGAGGCAGGAGGAGGAUCGCGUGCUGCUGGGAAGGAGACGCGGAGCGAUGCCUUGCCGGCGGCCGGGCGGAGAGCGCUUGCUGCUGCUCCAGGGCGGCGAAGAGGUGGACGCCUUGGUGGCCCGCUUGGGCGAAGUGCUGCAGCUCAGCGCCGCCCAGAAGCCGCCUCCGCCUGCCGUGUGCGACCCUCCGCGGCUCCUGGUGGCCCCGAAGCGGGACCGGGCGGCGCCCUAUGCCUCCUCCUUCUUCGCGGCGUCCUUCCACCAGCACAGCGGGAAGCAGCUCUGCGGACGGGGCUGGCUGCGAGGGAGGAGGAGGAGGAGCCCCAAGCGCCACCGCUGCCCUUUGCAGGAAGGAGGAGGCGGAGGAGGAGGGGGAGCGGGGGGCAGCGACGACCCUCAGCGGCUCCUCCAGCAGCUCAUCCUCUCCGGGAACCUCAUCAAGGAGGCCGUGCGGAGGCUGCAGCGGGCCGCCAGCGUGGGCCCCACCCCGGCCGGAGAGGGGUCGGCCUCCCCGGACUCCUCCGCCGCCUCUUCGUCCUCCUCCUCCGCCGGGAGCUGGUGCCCGAGCAGCGGAGGAGAAGGGGAAGGCGCCUCGCCUUGACACCCCUCCUGAGAAGGGGUCGGGAGUCCGACAGGAAGGACAUUUACGAGCCUGCCCUCCACACUGAGCGUUUAACCCAGUUUCGAACCGGGAUUGGAGGGCCAGAGGAAACCCCGGACCCCGUUUGACCCUUCUG